UCCAGUCGGCUCAUUUGAACCAGAAGCACCGGGAGGAGAGAGCAGAGGCCCCGCACCAGAACACACGAUCAACGACAUAUUGAUGGAGUGGCAGCCAGAUGAGCAGGGACUCCAGCAGGUCCUCCAGCUGCUCAAAGACUCCCAGUCGCCCAACACAGUCACACAGAGAGCUGUCCAACAAAAACUGGAACAACUCAACCAGUUCCCAGACUUCAACAAUUAUCUGAUCUUCGUUCUCACACGACUCAAAACUGAAGAUGAGCCGACUCGCUCUCUGAGCGGUCUGAUCCUGAAGAACAACGUGAAGGCCCACUACCAGAACUUCCCUCCGACUGUUGCUGAGUUCAUCAAGCAGGAAUGUCUCAACAACAUCGGGGACCCGUCGCCGCUCAUCCGGGCCACCAUCGGCAUCCUGAUCACCACCAUCGCCUCCAAAGGAGAGCUGCAGACGUGGCCCGAGCUGCUGCCUCAGCUCUGCAACCUGCUCAACUCUGAGGACUACAACACCUGCGAGGGCUCGUUCGGAGCGCUGCAGAAGAUCUGCGAGGACUCGUCGGAGCUGCUGGACAGCGACGCUCUGAACAGACCGCUCAACAUCAUGAUCCCCAAGUUCCUCCAGUUCUUCAAGCACUGCAGCCCCAAAAUAAGGUCUCACGCCAUCGCCUGCGUCAACCAGUUCAUCAUCGGGAGAGCCCAGGCCCUGAUGGACCACAUCGACACCUUCAUAGAGAGCCUGUUUGCGCUGGCAGCAGACGAGGACUCUGAAGUGAGGAAGAACGUGUGUCGAGCUCUGGUGAUGCUGCUGGAGGUCCGCAUAGACCGCCUCAUCCCCCACAUGCACAGCAUCAUCCAGUACAUGCUGCAGAGAACCCAGGACCCUGAUGAGAACGUGGCUCUGGAGGCCUGUGAGUUCUGGCUGACUCUAGCAGAGCAGCCCAUCUGUAAGGAGAUGCUGUCAGGACACCUGGUGCAACUGACACCGAUCUUAGUAAACGGGAUGAAGUAUUCAGAGAUCGACAUCAUACUAUUAAAGGGCGACGUGGAGGAGGACGAGGCGGUGCCGGACAGCGAUCAGGACAUCAAACCUCGUUUCCACAAGUCACGAACAGUCACGCUGCAGCACGAAGGAGGAGAGGACGAGGAGGGGGAGGACAUCGAAGAAGACGAUGAUGAUGAUGACGACACGCUGUCAGACUGGAACCUGAGAAAGUGUUCUGCUGCAGCGCUGGACGUUCUUGCCAACGUGUUCCGUGACGAUCUGCUGCCUCACCUCCUGCCGCUCCUCAAAGGCCUCCUCUUCCACCCCGACUGGGUCAUCAAGGAGUCUGGCAUCCUGGUGCUGGGGGCCAUCGCCGAGGGCUGCAUGCAGGGCAUGGUGCCGUACCUGCCGGAGCUGAUCCCUCACCUCAUCCAGUGUCUGUGUGAUAAGAAAGCUCUGGUCCGCUCCAUCGCCUGCUGGACUCUCAGCCGCUAUGCACACUGGGUGGUCUCCCAGCCCCCCGACUCCUACCUCAAGCCCCUCAUGACAGAGCUCCUCAAACGCAUCCUGGACGGCAACAAGAGGGUUCAGGAGGCCGCCUGCAGUGCGUUCGCCACCCUGGAGGAGGAGGCGUGCACGGAGCUGGUUCCCUACCUGAGCUUCAUCCUGGACACGCUGGUGUUCGCCUUCGGGAAGUACCAGCACAAGAACCUGCUCAUCCUCUACGACGCCAUAGGAACCCUGGCCGACUCCGUGGGGCACCACCUCAACCAGCCGGAGUACAUCCAGAAGUUGAUGCCUCCUCUUAUCGCCAAGUGGAACGAGCUGAAAGACGAAGACAAGGAUCUCUUUCCACUGCUAGAGUGUCUGUCCUCGGUAGCCACGGCCCUGCAGAGCGGCUUCCUGCCUUACUGUGAGCCCGUCUACCAGCGCUGUGUGACCCUGGUCCAGAAGACGCUAGCUCAGGCUAUGAUGUACAACCAGCAUCCAGACCAGUACGAGGCUCCUGACAAGGACUUUAUGAUCGUGGCGUUGGAUCUGCUGAGCGGCCUGGCCGAGGGUCUGGGGGGUCACGUGGAGCAGCUGGUGGCCCGCUCCAACAUCAUGACCCUGCUCUUCCAGUGCAUGCAGGAUACGAUGCCUGAGGUGAGGCAGAGCUCCUUCGCUCUGCUGGGUGAUCUCACCAAGGCGUGCUUCCUCCAUGUUAAACCCUGCAUUGCUGAGUUCAUGCCCAUCCUGGGGCUCAACCUAAACCCAGAGUUCAUCUCCGUGUGUAAUAACGCCACCUGGGCCAUCGGAGAGAUCUCCAUGCAGAUGGGUGCAGAGAUGCAGCCGUAUGUGGGCAUGGUGCUGCCACACCUAGUGGAGAUCAUCAACAGACCCAACACACCCAAAACUUUGCUGGAAAACACAGCCAUUACGAUCGGCAGACUGGGUUACGUCUGUCCACAGGAAGUGGCUCCACAGCUGCAGCAGUUCAUCAGACCGUGGUGCACGUCACUGAGGAACAUCCGAGAUAACGAGGAGAAGGACUCGGCCUUCAGGGGGAUCUGUGUGAUGAUCGGAGUCAACCCUGCAGGAGUGGUUCAGGACUUCAUCUUCUUCUGUGACGCCGUGGCGUCCUGGGUCAACCCCAAAGACGACCUGAGGGACAUGUUUUAUAAGAUCCUGCACGGCUUUAAGGACCAGGUGGGAGAGGAGAACUGGCAGCAGUUCUCUGAACAGUUCCCUCCUCUGCUGAAGGAGCGUCUGUCGGCCUGUUAUGGAGUCUAACCCACCUCCUCUUUGUCCACACAGGACACCAGCCUGUUAGGUUCAUGUGGGGAGGGUUACUGGGGAACUCAUUGCACUGCCCAGACAGACGGUGGGGAGAAACCAGAGCUGGAGGGACGACCUGGUCUGAGCCUCCACUCAGAGGACGGCCCCUCCCCCCUGUGUGUCUCUCUAGGGAGGGAGGGGGGGGGAGGGAGGAGGGUGGUGGGUGUGGGAGGGUCAACUGGGGAUAUCAUCAUAUACCUCUGGGAUUAAACGCCUCACAGCCAACUCACUCUAAGACUCUGGCCAGCAGCAGCAGCGCUGCAGGGACGUGAGGCAGCCCCCCCCCAUUAGAUUAUUCUGUUAAGAUAGGUGAGGGAGGGGGAGGGGGGAUGGGGGGGGGGGGGGGUAGGUACAUUUAAACAGGAAUAACUGUGUGAAGCAGCAUAAGGUGCCACAGUCCCAGACUCCACCAUGCACUAGACGCCCACACCUCGCUGUGUUUAGAGAGGUAAACAAACAAACAAAAAGACGCUUUUACUAUGUAACAAUGCAGGAAAUGUGCACAAGUUGUUUGCACCUUUUAAGGCGACAUUGCAUCAACCGUUGGGUGGUCACAUCCACGGGUCUAUUCUCCUCCUUUCACAUGUACAUUUAGCUCCGUUUGGGUUCCUUCCUCUAAGCCUCGCUGACUGGGUUCUCCUCCAAUCAUGCUCCUCGUCUGAGGUAAACACCAGUGUGUCGGUGUCCUCUGAGGUUAGACCAGCAGCACCAGCCAUCGCACGCCGUCUACCGCCUCUUUAAGUGACGCAUGUUUCAGUGGAUGUCUGUCUUGUUGCUCAUUACUCCAUCAGCGUGGUGCGUAGGGAGGCCGCCAUAGCUGGAGGCUGCCAGGUGCUCGCUGCGUCGUCCUCCUCCCAUCAUGCAUCUGGUCUAUGUCCCUUUAGUUUAACGGAGGCUGUGAGUGUGUGUGUGUGAGUGUGUGAUAAACGGGAAUCGUCUCUCUGCAACAAGAGUUCAAAUACUGUAGCUAGGUGGAGAAUGUUUUUGCUGCUGCUGCUUCGUUUUUAGAGACUUUAAAGAAGAGAAAACGGGAAGCGAUAAGACAUCACCAAGAAUGAAUUGGUUCUUACUGAUAUAUAAAUGCACUUUUUUUUCUUUUUGUAAGAAAUUUAGAAUUUCAAAUGUUAAGAAACACAGUAAUGAUAUACUGAUCUUUUUUUUUUUUUCUUUGCUAAGUGAUUUUAGGACUGUUAAAGGCUUGCUAAAGUAAGCAUAAAGAUAAUGUUAAGCAAUGGUAAAACGACGACUAGUAAGACCUCUUAACCCUUUGAUGCACAACAUGCAUCUUUCUUUUAUUACAACACAUCAUUAUAUACAUCUUUCCUUUCAUGCUUUAUGAAGAAAAAUAGAUUUUGUAUUAUUACAUCAAGUUUACACACAUGGGUAGAGUAGUGAUACAAAAAAGGUUUUUAUUCAAAAAGUGAGAAAUGAAUGUAUUACAUAACUAAGCCAAGAAGUUAGCUAAGUACUUAGCUUAGCAAGCUACUUAGCCAAGAAGUUAGCUAAGUACUUAGCUUAGCAAGCUACUUAGCCAAGAAGUUAGCUAAGUACUUAGCUUAGCAAGCUACUUAGCCAAGAAGUUAGCUAAGUAGUUAGCUUAGCAAGCUACUUAGCCAAGAAGUUAGCUAAGUACUUAGCUUAGCAAGCUACUUAGCUAAAAAAAUGAAUAAAGGAAAACAUAAAAUCAGGAUGUAUGAUGAUCAAAAACAAACUAAUUGAGGAAAACCUGGAAUACUGAAUGAUGAAAUUAAAAGAUAUAGAAGAUAAAAACUCAGUCGGGUCACUUUAGACCAUGUUGUUGUUGUGCAUCAAAGGGUUAACAGACGUAGUUAGUUUUAUAACGUAGCUCCUCCUGAGACGGACUAAAGCGCGCUGAGACAUUUAGAUCCAGUAUUGUGGAUCGUAACGAACCCGUCAGUCCGUCUGUCCCCAUCAGAGCGUUCUGCUGCAGCGUCCAGCCUCCUCAUCGCAUGCUCCAACUUUAGUUUUUUAGUUGUUUUAUAACGGAUCUUCCUUCUAAGAGCUUCGUCUUUGGCAAUGCAACCAGCUGCUGGACUAAUAAGGUACUCCUCCUCCUCCUGCUCCUCCUCCAGCUUGUGACUGUGGUUGCCAUAUAUUCACCCGUUGAUACUGUGUAGGAUCUGCCUGGGAACUCUGAGGAACAGUCCUCCUGACGCUGGUUAGCUGGUGUAAGGGUGGUGGUCUGUCUCCAGCUUUAUCUUCUAGUCCUGGUCCAUAGUGGACGCUCGUGAUGGGAGUGUGUAUGGCUGUUUGCCUGUUGCUCUUUAUUAUAAAGGUGUGUACGACGUGCUUAGAUGUCUUUCUGCACCAGCCCUAUAAUAUUAAUAAUAAUAAUACUAAUAAAGUUAUGUCUGGAGAGUUGUUUCUGCCUGCCAGUUAACGUCCGUCUGAUCGGACAAGCUCCAAAAACAGACUGCCACUGAUAGAUGAUUUAUUUUAUAUAAUAAUUAAGGAUUGAAGCGUCCUCUGAAUGUGAUCAGCAGGUUUAACUGGGAGGCAGACACGCAGAUCUGAGGCGGCAACUCCCUGAUAGCAGCAGACUGAGGUCUCAGCAGCGUUUCUAACAUGCAUCAUUCAUUAGGAUGCAGCUCUGCACCAUAAAGAGGCUGCUCCACCCCUCACCACCACCUCACACUAAGAUUAUACAUUUAAAUGCAAGUUGUCCACAGGUUGGUUUUUUAUUUUAUUUUUUUAUUUUGAUGCUCAUGUGAUUUUUGUUUUUAUUAAUUUAUUUUGUUUUUUUUAGAUUUAUUUUUUUUAUUUUGAUGCUCGUGUAAUUUUGUUUUUAAUUUAUUUUGUUUUUUUUAGAUUUUUUAUUUUUUUAUUUUGAUGCUCAUGUGAUUUUGUUUUAAUUUAUUUUGUUUUUUUUUAUGUAGAUUUUUUUUAAUUUUUUUGUGCUCCAGUGCACAAAUUCUUUUGGACUUUAAAAGUUUUUUUUGUUAGUUUUUUUUUGUUGCUUUUUAUUCUUUUUAUUUAAAGAAUGAUUUGUUUUUCGUUGUUUUAUAGCGGACCAUUUGAUUUGUCAGGUUUGAUGUCGUGGUUGGACGGAGGGAGUCGGUGCUUGGUGCAAACUUUAGGGAAGAAUGUGGGAAAAACUAAUUCAUAACUUUGUUUCAAUCUGAUAUCAAGGCUGGCAACUGAAUUUGAUGUAGUUCCUUCUUUUUGCUCAACUGUGGUGCAGGUGGGAUGUUAUCUGAUGUAUCCCUUUUUAUUUAAUUUUUUGUGAAUAGGGGAAAAUAAAUUUUUUUUCUAUUAAA